AUGUACAUCAAAAAGACUAUCGUCUCGGUUCUUAUACUAACAAUAAUUACAGGAGGAAGUGGUAGUAAAAAUGACAACAAAGGCAAAGAUACAGGAUCUGAGGGCUCUAAUAUAGGCAGAGUGGAAUCCAUUAAUGUUUGGAAUCCUAAUCAGGAGACCGGAAAGGCAAUAGCAACAACCGAAUCGGAGGAAGUUGUGGAGCGACCGAUAGUGUGCAAGACUUGCGGAGAACACAACAAGAUAGAUCAGAGAUUUUGCACCUAUUGUAAGCAGCCAAUCAAAGUAUAUUGGAAAGUACCUGAGAUUGAACCCAAUGACAGACAGAAAGGUACAUAA